UCCGCGCCUGGUUGGUGCUGCUGGGUCCGGGGGCGCGGCCAGGCCGGGGCCGUCCCGGUAAAGCGGCGGCGCGGGCGGCGCGGUCCCGCACCAUGGAGGGGCACCUGGCGCGCUGCAAGAUCGUGGUGGUGGGGGACACGCAGUGCGGCAAGACCGCGCUGCUGCACGUCUUCGCCAAGGACUGCUACCCCGAGAGCUACGUGCCCACCGUCUUCGAGAACUACACGGCCAGCUUCGAGAUCGACAAGCAGCGCACCGAGCUCAACAUGUGGGACACCUCAGGCUCAGCAUACUACGAUAACGUCCGUCCCUUGGCCUACCCAGACUCGGAUGCUGUGCUCAUCUGCUUUGACAUCAGCCGCCCGGAGACCCUCGACAGCGUGCUCAAGAAGUGGCAAGGGGAGACUCAGGAGUUCUGCCCCAAUGCAAAGAUCGUGCUGGUGGGCUGCAAGCUGGACAUGCGGACGGACCUGAACACGCUGCGGGAGCUCUCCAAGCAGCGCCUCAUCCCUGUCACACACGAGCAGGGCAGCGCGCUGGCGCGGCAGAUCGGGGCCGUGGCUUAUGCGGAGUGCUCCUCCAAGGUGUCCGAGAACAGCGUGCGGGAUGUGUUCCACGUGACCACGCUGGCCUCCGUCAACAGGGUGCACAAGAACUUGAAGCGCAGCAACUCGAAGCGGGGACUGAAGCGGGCGUCACAGAUGCCCGGCAGGACGGACUUACUGAGCGACACGGAGAUGAGGAAAGAGCGCGCCAAGAGCUGCUCCAUCAUGUGAA